UGAAAAGUUAGGAUUGUCGUCAACCGUUUGAGCGCACCGCGAAAGAUCAAACCAAGAGGGAAUCAAGAACAAACUUUGAAAAAGAGCCCUCGUUCUGUCCUCACAAACAACGCAUCCGCUGAUAUGGCAGACAAAACUCUUUCGACGUCUGCUUAUCCGACAGAAGAAGCACUGGUAACCCCUGGCAAUGAAGUUGAUGUGGACGAUUUCGAUACCAACGGCCAGUUUUUGAUUGCCGAGGACGUGCCGACUUCGCCGGUCCGAGAUCCCCCAUCCUCUGAAUCCAACAAGGAUUAUUCGGUAGACUCGUCACCUUUGCCUUCCCUCGUGCGAAGAACCAGAGAUGUUACUAUCGACUUGGAUGACUUUGAUUGGGCGGAAACGCAAAAUGAGAAGAAGGGAUUGCCCCGCCCUUCUCAUGAGGAACCAACCGUCAAGCUCCAUAACAGUUCAGGCAGAAGCGUAGGCAGCAACAGCGUAAGCAGCCGCCAAUGCGAUUUGGAUUCCAAACAGAAGAGGGGGUUGUCCCGGCAUCGUGGCGGUGUGGAUCCAGCGAGGUCAAGUUCCACUGUAGCAUCCACUGCUUGCAUGAGCGUAAGUAGCAACAGCAGUAGCAGCCGCCUAUCGUUUUUUGAUGCCAACCUGAAGAGGGGAUUGUCACGGGGUCGUAGUGGUGCUGAAAUGAAUAAGCGUCGAGAGGAUCUAUCCCUGGAGCAAUCUAACAGCAACGAGACGACCGAACCUUCUACCAGCUGGAGUCCUCAUAGUCCAAAGAGACCGGAUCUUGGAAUUAUGUCAUUGCCACCACUGCAACGAAGUCUUGCUAAUAGAAGGCCCCAAGCUGAACCGGGGGCCUAUCCAGUGGGAUCGUCAAGACCUCUCGGCCCAGAUGAAGAUUCCAGCCAUCGGGCAGCCACAGAAGCAAAUGACAUCGAUCCGCAUGCCGUUGACAAUGAUUUGGAGGACAACCGGAACCAAGCGCACGGUGCUCCUUGGGAUACUGCCGGAGGGUCCUUAUUAGAUCCACAGAAUGCCGGAUUAUCAGUCGCCCGCCCGGUGGACGAGACUCCAGUUGGAGACCUGCAGCAAGCUGAAGAACUAGGAGACAUCAGUGAGCAGGAAGGUGGUCGUUUAGGAAGCAGACGUAGACAACGCAAGGAAGCCCUUCGAGCCACACUUCGAUUGGCAUUGCCAUGGUCCAUUAUCAUUCUUUUGGUUGUGCUUUUGAUUGUAUUCCUUGUCCCGGACACAGACCAAGCAGCAGAUCCGGAUCUAUUGGCAGCAUCUGAGCCAACUGAAGCUCCAUCAAUGGCACCGUCCUCGCAGGAAUCAAUCCUUUUCUCCGCACUGCCAGGAUACACUAUCAAGGCGAUGGAAGAAGAAGAUUCACCACAGUACCAGGCAUUCAGAUGGCUUCUUGAAGACCCCUAUGUCUAUGGAUAUCCAGAGGAGCGAAUUCGGCAGAGGCAUGCACUGAUGACCGUGUUUUAUGCUACUGCUGGUCCGACCAAAUGGUUCAACAAGACAGGGUGGGGAAGCUACAGCGUGCACGAAUGUGAAUGGUAUCAAAAUCAAGAGUUUGGUGCAAAGACAAUGAUUGGAAUGUUGUACUAUGGUUUCCUUUCAGGCUUUCUGGAGCCACUACCUGACGGCCACUGCAACAACAAGGGUAUCUAUCACCAUUUGUGGUUGGAUCAAAACAAUCUUGAGGGUACGCUGGUUGAUGAACUUUUCAGCUUGACCUCCCUUAAGACACUAUCCCUUGGCCUCAAUAGUCUAUAUGGUACAAUCCCCAGCCGCAUUGGGCAGCUAAGAGACUUGCUGGGGCUUGCCAUGUUCUACACUGGACUGUCAGGAUCUGUUCCAAAGGAAAUAGGAGAGUUGUCAUCUUUGGAAAUCAUUUUCUUAUAUGACAAUGACUUGGAAGGAUCCAUCCCAGAUGAAAUCUGGCAACUGAGCAAUCUUGACACGCUUGGGAUGGGUCUCAAUGAGAAGCUACAAGGUACAAUCCCCUCCGUAGUGGGGACUUUGCACAAGUUAAGGUGGCUGGUGUUUGAUGAUUGUGAUCUCUCUGGGUCCCUUCCCACAGAGCUGGGGCAAGCCACAUCCUUGGAAUGGCUGGUCUUGGUGGCAAAUAACCUUUCUGGUACAGUCCCGGCAGAGCUUGGAUCCCUCUCAAAUCUUUGGAUCCUUUCCUUGUACGGCAAUCAGCUUGUGGGGACUCUUCCUACAGAGCUGAGCCUGCUUCCUUCACUUUCCAUCAUGGAUCUGAGGUGGAAUGCACUUUCAGGAAGUGUUCCAUCCGAGCUGGGUUUGCUGCCAAGCCUGAAUAUUCUCUCCUUGAAUGCAGCCCAGCUUUCUGGCAAAAUUCCCACUGAACUUGCCAACAUUUCCAGCUUGGUAAUGGUUGGCCUGGGAGAGAACCACUUCACUGGUGGAAUCCCUUCCGAGCUUGGGAUGAUGGCAAUGCCAGGGAUGAUUUCCCUGGAAAACAAUUCUCUUACUGGGACCGUACCAUCGGACCUGACUCCCCUGCAGUCCAAGCUGUACACUCUCCGAAUUGAGGGGAACCCAUUGCUUUCUGGAUCUAUUCCAGACCCUCUUUGCACUCUCAAUGGCACAUGCAUCCCGAACAGCUUUGAAUCCUGCUUUGUUUCUGGACUACUCUUUGACUGCACAGAGCAGUUGUGUGGAUGUGACUGUGCUUGUUGAGCAUGGUCGUUACCGGUACGAUGCUUGUGUCAAGCGUGCCGUUGGCUCUUCCGUGGCGCGUGGGUGGCUACCGUACGGAAUGGCAGGUCUAUUUGGUCUCAAUACAUGUAUGUAGCUGAGGAAUAAGGCACUUUACUAUAUUAUUAAUGAAAUAACGUUGCACGAAAACCAAAGAUAAACGGUACAAACAU